AUGUCCGUGGCUCCAGAGCCCAAAGCGGGGAGAGUUGUGGUGGAGAAACGACAAUUACGCCGGGACGAAGAUGGGGGUUUUGCGCAACAAGCGAACGAGCUAGAAGACAUCUUGGAGGGGCAGCAAAGACGCAUCCAGGCGCUGCAAGCCAACAUAACAGUGGAAGUAGAAUGCCAUGAACGUUCUUGCCGCGCCCAACUUGUAUGUGAAAAAGAAAACCUUGAGUCGGAAUUGGCAUGUCUCGCUGGAGAGCUAGAUAUCCUUUCAGCGCGUUGGCGGGAAUUGCGUCAGGUGAGCGACCAUGCAUUUCAGUGGGGUGAGAUGUGGUCCAGGUGUGUCGAAGCUAGGUCUCGCAUCUGCGCUCUCAAGGAGGAAAUUGAGGAGGGCGAAAAACAGCGGGAGUCCAUUCAAACCCUGAUGAACAAUCGACAGGAACGAUUACAUACUGUGCGAAGGGAACUUCGCCAAGUACGACAGCAGGUGAGGUGGUUGCUAGAAUGUCAAGCUGCAGAUGAGCAGGCGUUUAGGAAUCGCAUUCGCGAGGAAGAGGAUUAUCUUCGGCGGCUGGUGGAGGCGCGUAAUGAAGUGGAAACCGAAUCUGCACAGUUAACAGAGACGGAGAAGCUGGAGUCAUCGCCGUUGCAGGAUGACGUGAAUGCAUUGGAGGCGUACCUCAAGGAGAUACAGGCUGACACUCAAAAGCUUCAGCUUCAGUGCCGCGACCUUCAAGACGAAACAGAGAGGGCGAAUAAGAAUGCAACUGAAUCCUCGCAAAAUGAGGUGACGACUUUGGCGUACCAACGAGCUUUGGAAAGUUACGAUCAACAGAUGAUGCACUUCUUGAAUGAGGAGAUGCAAUCCGCACGACGUCAAGGUGUAACACCGCUGUUGUUGCAAUCAAAUAAACGACAGUGGCUGCAAAACUACCUUAUUGUAUGGAAUCGUUUGUGUCAGCAGUACGCUGGACUGCGCCAAGAAGCAAGGAUGUCUACUGAAAGCCCUCUGACAGAAGUAAGACAAAAAAUUGAAACUGCAAAGCGAGAGCUUGGGGCGAUCAGAGGUGCCCCAGGUGAAGCUACAAGAGAACGCCAAACCGCCUUUUUGGCCCUUGAACAUCUGGUUUACUUGCUACGCACUGGCCAGAAAAUGGAGUCAGAGCUUCUGCGUCGCAUUGAGGAGACCGCGAAAGGUAUUGGCGAGAGCCCCGAGGCAUACACCUCUCUUGCAGGUGUGAACGGCUAUGCUGAUUUCACGGAGGAGGAGGAAGACGAAACCGUGAUGCCGAGUGAGUCAACCGAACUGAUGUUUAAGCCAAUUCCAGAGGAAAGUCCUGACUUGGCUCUGGAUGAGAUGCGGAGCCUCUCUGACUUUUCCCCUGAGGACUUGAAAAGGGAGGAGGCGGUUCAACAAACUACACAUCGAUCUCGAGGGAAUUUACAGGAGUUUCUUCACCAGAAGUCCCUCUUCCUGGGAGAACACGCCACGCAAGCCCACGUACCACUGCGACGUGCGGUGACAAAGAGCUCCCCCAGUAAUGUGGAAGGGGCGUUGAGUCAGUGCCUUGAGAAGAUGCUGGAGGAAAGUGUACAUUACGUGAAGCGCCAGAAGCAAGCGGGAGCGCAGGAUCAAAGAGAACUUUCUCAUGAAUUUCUUCGCGCAGAUGCAGAAUUUGCAGCAGAGGCCCAGGAGUUGCAGACGCGGGUGCGACAAAUUGUUGCUGAACGCCAGAAAUCGUCUUUGGCUUAUUCUUCAGGUGGGUAA